UGGGGAGACUUCCCUCCUAACUGGCCAGGCCACCCCAGAAAGCUAUCUCCUUGCUUCCCAAAUUACUGUGGAUCAAACAAAGUACAUUUGCCAAAUUGAUUCCUGGCCUGGCUUUUUUUUUUUAAUUUCCUUGUCCUUCUUUUCUAGUUAUUCUUUUUUAUUUGGUUAGAGUCCUGAACUGUCAAGGAUCCAGAGUGAAAUAUGGCAGCUCUGACAAAGGAGAGCAGAUCUGUAUUUCUUUCCCCCUGUCUCUGAUUAUUCCUAUUUGAAACUUGACUCUCCGGGACACAGUUGUUCUUGAGACAAGAAUCUGUGAAAUAUCAUUGUUCCUUUGAUCUUUCCGUCUCAAGCCCCAGCAUUGACCGGCCCUUCAAUCAGCCUGCAGAUGACUUAACCAUCUCAUGAUGUGUUCUUCAACCCACAGCCAGAGCAGUCCUUAUGCAGCAGAAGUAAUGAAGAUGAAGAAGGGGGAGCUGGCAGCAGGCAUUAAGGAUUCCGAUGUUCUCAUCAAGAGACUGGUGGACUAUGGGAUUUUCACACACCAACAAAAGUUGGCUGUGUCCUACUACAAGACACACCUUGAAAAAGUGACCCGUGUCUUGGACAUAUUAAUUUCCCAAGGAGAACAUGCUUGCCAAAUGUUUUUUUACCCAUGUCUGAAACAACUGGAGCCUGACUUGUAUCAUGUCAUAAGGAAAUAUACCAUGGGCACAGAAGAGAUCAUCCGAGGGGCUGGAAGGCAACUAGUGGGUCCCUUGCUGGAUAGGGGCAAAGAUAGCCUGGAAAUACCUGACAAGCAAGUCUACUGGAAGCAGAGUACAGGGGUCCAGGAAGCUUCACUCAAGCCAAAGACAACUUCUUAUGUGGCUGCUAAAAUUAGACAGUACCCGCCAACUCAGACUCCUGGGAACAGUCCCGCUCCUCCCAUCUGUCCCCUCACUACAUCAGGUAAGGGAGAUGUACCUGACAAAGAGAAUGUUCUAGAAGACAAAUACAUCAAUGAAGUAAUGUUCCCAAGAGAAAGCCCACUGGGUAUAGCAAUGGCCGAUGACCUGGCUGAACUCCUCAAUUAUCCAAUGACCAAAGGCUCUAGGGCAAAAGGAAAGGAUGGGAAAGAGAAGUCUCUUUUGCAAAGAGCUGCCGAAAGGGCCCAUGGGGAUGCCGUGAAAGUUCUCCACGGAGGGAUGAGCAGCAACUACUUAGAAAGAGACAUCAAGAUUCCCCUGGGUUUCAGUUUACAAGGUGGCCAGUGCUCCCUUAUGAGACAGAUGCUGGAAGAAAACACUGAGAACCCUUAUCAUUUCCAGUACAGGUCAGCUCCCCAAGAAGAGAGCCAAGGGGUGCAGGUGUUCCCAGAAAAUGAUGAUCUCUUGGAUGGCAGGGAUCCCAGGGAAGACCUAGCUUCAGAUUCCUCUGAGAUAAAUAGUUUGGAUGAAGCCAUAAAAAUAUUGUUAACAGCUGGGAUUAACGCAGACUCUGGCAUUCUCCACAAUGCUUUCCACCAUGAUGACCAAGAUGUUAUUCGGCUGUUGCUAAAAUAUUCAGCAACCCUGCCCUCUGAAACCAGGGAGCAGGCACUUUUUGAAGGCAUCCGGAAGAAUCUUCCUGGAGUUGUGGCCGCCUUGGUAGAUAGAGGCACUGACCUAAAUGUGCAGAAUGAUAACCAUUAUACACCCUUACUCUUGGCGGCUGAGAUGGAUAGGACUGCAUGUGCUGAAGUACUGAUCCAAAAGGGGGCCAACCUGGAGGCCAAGACGGCCUCUUUGGAGUCUGCUCUGCACCUGGCGGUUAAGACAGGUGCCAUUUAUACUGCAGAGCUCCUGUUGGACAGUGGCAUGGAUCCUAACAUCCCAGGGUGGAAUGGUCAGACCCCCCUCCAUGUUGCAGCCUGGCACAAUAAACACGAGAUGGUCAGCUUGCUGAUCCAUGCAGGGGCCCAGAUCAAUACCCUCACCACCGAGCAGACUGCCCCCCUCCACAUCACCAGCGAAAGAAGGAACCUGGACACUGCUGCCCAGCUGAUUCAGCACAAAGCAGAUACAAAUGUGAAAAAUAAGCUAUCCAUGACCCCUUUACACCUGGCUGCCCGGGCAGGUGACAAGUCCAUGGUAGAGCUACUACUCUAUUCUGGCUCCGACCCCAAUAUGCCUGACAAAGAAAAGAAGACCCCACUUCAUUGGGCAACAUCUGGGGGUUAUCUUGAUGUGGUAAAAUCUAUGCUGAUCCACAAGGUCAGGUUUGGAGCUAGAGACAUGGAUGGCUUUUCUUCCCUACAUUACGCGGCCCUCAAAGGCAACGUGGAGAUGGUGAAAGUCUUCCUCGAGGUGGGUAAAAACAAAAACAUCAAUGAGCGAAACAUCUACCGAAAGACCCCGCUGCACUUGGCAGCCGAACAGGGCCACGGGGACUUGGUCAAACUGCUGAUGAGCCGUGGGGCUGCUGUGAAUGCCUUAGACAACAACAGAGACACCCCGUUACACUGUGCUUGCAAAACUGGGCACUGGAGCUCCGUCACUUCCCUGAUAAGCUGUUCUCAGGGAGAGAAACCUGACUUACAGGCAGCCAACAGCCUUGGGAAGACGCCCCUGCAGGUGGCAGAGGGUGCCAAUACAGAGAGCCAAGAGCAGAUUGUGACCCUGCUGAAAAAAAAAAUGCUCCUAACAAGAUAGAAGCCUGAGGAAAAUGGAGGAGGUUCACUUAGUUAUUGUGGAGGCAUAGUUAUAAUUCUAAUA